CACAUUGCCUUAAUUCGUUAUCUAUCUGCAGCUAUAAACUUAGAUUGAAAUAAAAUCCGGAGUCUCAACUUAAAUUAAAUAAAAGUUUUCUGCUUUAAUUGGCAGCUUCAGGGUUUACGGUGAAUGCUUUAGUUUAAGGGGAUUAAGUUAGUAUCUUUAACAUUUUUUUGAGCUGGGUUUUAGAGGACGUCGAUUUGAGGGAGUAAUUUUAGUGGCUUUAAUAGGGUUUAAAUGACUUAUUGGAUUUAGCAGGGCGAAUUUGGUGACUGUAACGGAUUUUGGGAUCAUUACCUUGCCUUGUUUGAGAUCUGCAUAACCUUGGUUUAGUCAAAUUAUUUCAAUAAUCCAGAAAAAAAAUGAAGUUAGUUAAAGGUGGAGGAUGCUUUAGGUCACAGUCUCAAUGGGAUUUUUACUUCAAUUUAUUGUUCAAAUUUGAAUUUUCCACUUUAUGUUAUAUGUAUUGCUCAAAUUUUGUAACACUCGAGUUUUAACCUGAUGACAAGCUAGAGAUUUGUUUAAGGUUCCUACUCUGUCUAACCAUGAGUAUGUUUAAUAAGGAGGAUCCAAUCUACUAAAUUUUGGUCAAUAGAGGAAUCAAAAGCGGAACAGAUGAAAUGCGUAAAUUUAUGCUUAUCUGAAGUCAGAUGCAUUACUGUUGGUAACCUUGGAUGUAGCAGCUGGGAUCUAUGCGAACUAUGUGGAAGUCACCUGUCAAUAAGCAGGAUGCAGUUGAUGCGUCAUCUAAUGCCACAGCAGUUUCUGCCCCAAGUUUGGAAGUGUCAUCAUCAGAAGAGAAAGAAGUCAAGCCUGCAGUAGAGGCUCCAUCGGCUUCUACAAUGACAGAAGAAUCUAUUAGCACAUUUAUGCAGGAUGUCACUAAUCUUGUCAAACUUGUGGACUCUAGAGAUAUUAUGGAAUUGCAUCUAAAACAACAGGAUUGCGAAAUCUUGAUUAGGAAAAAGGAAGCAUUGCCUCAGCUUCCUCCUCCACCUCAGCAGGUAACGGUACAUGCUCCUCAUCCGACAGUUGCAGCUCCACCGCCACCGACACCUGCUGCACCUUCACCAUCAACUUCUAUUGUACCUGCUGUAUCAAUAACCCCUAAAAAGUCUUCUCCUGCUCAAUCUGGACAUCCACCUUUGAAAAGUCCUAUGGCAGGAACUUUUUACCGGAGUCCUGCACCUGGCGAGCCACCAUUUGUAAAGGUUGGAGAUCAAGUUCAUAAAGGUCAACUGCUUUGCAUUAUUGAAGCCAUGAAGCUGAUGAAUGAAAUUGAGGCAGAUCGGUCAGGAACAGUUGCAGAAAUUAUUGGAGAGGAUGGCAAGCCAGUUUCUAUUGAUUCUCCACUCAUUGUGAUCGCACCAUGAGCAUAAGUUUGAGAAUGGGAGAAAUCAAACAUGGAAUAUGUCAGACCAGAGAUUUUAUUCCAGGGCUUCUUUGAUCUUUCUUAUGAGGGGGUGAGGUAAAAGGUACACAAGCCUAGCUAAUGUGCUAGUUGCAUUGUUAUGGAGUAGCAAGCAUUGUAAUGGUUUCUAUUUAUUUAUUUUUGCAUCUAAGUGUUCCUUUCACCUUAUAAUUAUGACAAGGUUGGUGUUUCAUUUGACUGUAGUAUCAGAUUCAUUUCAUCAAUCGAUAUGUAACUUUCCCCUUGUUAUGUGACUUUCCUUCAACAAGAAAAAUGGGUAAUAAACAAUGAAAGAUUCAAAUUAUUAUUAA